AUGGACAAAAACAGACCUCGUCCCAGGGUCAACAGGUUAUUCGCCUUGGCCCGACGGUUUAAGGAACCACUCAGGUCUUUGACCGAUCGAUGGAGAAAUUUGUGCACAGAAAUUGGGAAAGUACCAGUCGACCAGCAGAUAUUCGGGUUCGAAAACGCAUUAGGGAGGUCGGACCCCAUCUGGAUAGCCAUGUUUACUGAAAAACCACAGACAUUGAAAGAAAUGAGGAAAAUGCAAGAGCAUUUCAUCGCCCUAGAAGAAAUUCAUGAGGAAUCAAGGGAUAGGGGAGUGCAAGAGGCUAGCGCAGCACCCAAGUCGACAUCGGACGACGUUCAAAGACGGCCCGAGAAGAGACCGAGCCCACCUACACGAGGAAAUGGGAAGAAGGAAUGGAUAGCCAAAGGAAAGAGGUCGAGGCACGAGGCGAGAACACACACUCCUUUGAAUGCUCCACUAGAAGAAAUCUUCAAAGAGGUCGAAAAAAGGAAUGACAUCAUAUACCCAGCAUCAAGAGGGAUGCAGUUCGAGGAGACCAAGGAUCACCCAGAGUAUUGCCAUUAUCAUCAGUAUCGAGGCCACUCUACAAAUAACUUCCGAGAAGUAAAAGACAUGGUGCAACAUCUUAUUCGAGAUGGUUACCUGAGACAAUUCGUCUGA